AUGAAUCGUGAGUUCCUGGAGGUACCUGGGAAACGUCCGACCUUCGACACAGCCUCAACAUCUGAUGAGGAAAUACAUUUGAGUGCCCGGCAACAUCCUCCCGGCACUUCGACACCUCCAGAAAAUGACGUAGAGGGUCACGAAGGUGCCAGCUUCCCGAUCGAGGAACCGGAUGACAACCGAGAAGAAUGGGACAACAAGGCGCAAUUCUACAUGGGCGUUAUCUCGUAUGCCGUUGGGCUGGGCAACGUCUGGCGGUUUCCAUACCUUUGUCAGAAGAAUGGAGGAGGUGCGUUUUUGAUCCCGUACGUUAUAAUGAUGGCGCUGGGCGGAUUACCGUUGUUCCUCAUCGAGUUGGGCAUUGGGCAACGACUUCGAACUGGUCCAAUCGGCGUCUGGAAUGCGAUACAUCCAUAUUUGGGAGGUGUUGGUGUGUCGGCAGCAAUCGUCUCAUAUUUGGUGGCGUUGUACUACAACGUGAUCAUCACCUGGUGUCUUUACUAUCUCGGCCAGUCCUUUCGGCUCGAGCUACCCUGGGCGAAAUGCCCGACAUCAGCUAACGGCACGAUGGAUCGUGAGUGCGAAAUGUCCUCCUCGCCCACGAUGUACUUUUGGAAUCGGGACGCCCUGGACACAUCGGAAUCAAUCGGAAAUCUGGAAGGCUUCAACCCCCGGAUCACCAUCUCGUUGAUCUGCGCCUGGACCCUCAUCUACUUGUGUGUGAUGAAGGGGAUCAAGAGCUCGGGAAAGGUGAUGUACGCGACAGCGACGUUCCCGUAUGUUGUGACGACGAUAUUUCUGAUUCGCUCGAUAACGCUGGAAGGAGCGUGGGAGGGGCUUGGAUAUAUGAUUCAUCCAGAUCUCCACAUGCUGUAUAAUCCAAAUGUCUGGCUUGAAGCGGCAACCCAAAUAUUCUACUCAAUGGGACUCGGAUUUGGAGGCUUGAUCGCGUUCGGCUCGUACAACCCGCUGAAGAACAACUGCAAGCGGGACGCGUUCUGGCUGGCCUUGUGCAACAUCCUGACCUCCCUCUACACGGCCGUCGUCAUCUUCUGCGUGCUCGGCUAUAUGGCGCACAGCAACAUGCGGAAUUGCGUCGAAAAGGAUAUGAUAAUAAUGGCAACCACUUAUCGCGAUGUCUUCGCUUCUGCGGCAGACGUGGAGCGUCAUUUUGGCUAUGAGGGGUACAUCGAGCUGAUGGAGAACGAGUUCAAGGGAAAUUAUUCGGACAUGGCCAUGAAUUCGCAGUUCUGCAACUACCACAAGAUCAUCACCGAGGCAGCUGAAGGCACGGGCCUGGCAUUUGUCGUCUUCACCGAGGCCAUUCUGAAGUUUCCGUUCCCGCCAGUGUGGUCAAUCUUGUUCUUCUUGAUGUUGCUAUCGUUGGGACUUGGCUCAAUGUUCGGUACGUUAGAAGGCGUCAUCACAUCCCUCAACGAUUCACGUUUGAUCACCGUAAAGAAACCAAUCCUAACAGCUGUUCUCUGCGGAUCUGCCUGUGCCAUUGGGUUGCUCUUCUCGACAAAAGCUGGCCAGUAUUGGGUGGCGUUGUUUGACCACUUUGCUGGAUCCUACGCCCUGAUGUGCGUGGCGUUCUGUGAGGUCAUCGCCGUUGUUUAUGUGUAUGGGUUUAGAAGAUUUUCUCGUGACAUCGAAUACAUGACGGGCUCAUACCCUUCCAACUACUACCUGUACACGUGGCGCUUUAUCACCCCGACCAUCAUGCUCGUCCUGUUUACGACGUCUAUCAUCCAAUGCUUCUCGCGGUUGCCCACCUAUUUUGCAUACGACAAGGCGACGGCAAAACAAGUCGAAGCCGAAUACCCGGUGUGGGCUCUGUUCAUCGCCUUCGGGAUGGUGGUGGCAGCAAUUGCGCCGGUGCCCCUCGUCUGGUUUUUGCGGAAAUUCAAGAUUUGGAAGGCCGACGAUGUUCCGGCGGCCCAAAAAUGCCUGGGGGCCACAGCCAGCACGACGUACAUGCUGAAAUCGGAACCCUCCUUCAACCGGAUGACCGAGUCCUCGGUGUCGAUGAACGAGAUCGAGCGAACGCACCGA